AUGCCGCCUAAGGAGUUCGUCCGGCCCCGAGCCAACAGCCCUGAGGUUCUGCGCCUUUCGCGAGUUGCAGCAGAUAUGGAAUGGGAUCAGCAGCAGCAGCAGCAGCAACAGCAAGGGCAGCUGCAGCAGCAACAGCAGCAGCAGCCUCAACAGCAGCCACCCGAGUUUGAUACGGAUGAUGUGGAGCUGCAGCGAGCACUGGAAGCCUCUCUUAGAGAUGGUACUUCUCCAGACGCGUGUCCCUCUGCUGCUGCUGCUGCUGCUGCUCCGCGGCAGCUGUCUGCAGCAGAAUUUUUGGCGCUGCUGCCGCAAGAUGAUGACUUGACAGAUCUUCUGCAGCCACCGCCUCCCCGCAGCAGCAGCAGCAGCAGCACGUUCCCCCUCAGGACCGACAGAAGCAGCAGCAGCAGCAGCAGCAGGAAGCUGCCGGGGGACCGCUUCAAAGUGCCCCCCGAGUGGAUUGAAGAGGAAGAGCAGCGUGGCUGCUGCUGCUGCUGCAGGGCUCCAAGCAGCAGCAGCAGCACUGGGCCUUCUACGAAGGCAGCAGCAGCAGCAGCGGCGCCGCAGCAGCAGCAGCAGCGGUGGAAGUCCUGCCCCUGUGCAGCAGCAGCAGCAGCAGGAGAAGAUUCUCUUACGGAGGAGGAGCAGCGAGCCAGCCUACUCGCCUCCACGGAGCUGCUGCAGCAGCAGAAGCUGCGGGAGUUGCUGCUGCUGCUGUUUGGGGAAGGUGGGGACAGGCAAAUAGACAGAGAAGACUUGGGCAGGUGGAUGGCUCACCCGAUAGCGUUCGCUGCAGAGUGGCCGGAGGCACUGGGGAGCGCAGCAGCAGCAACAGCAGGAGCAGCAGCAGGAGCAGCAGCAGCAGCAGCGCAGGACUGCGGGGAGUGGGGCCUCGCACAAAUCCACGGGGGCCCCUGUGGGGUCUUGGCGGCGCUGCAGUGCUUCGUGCUGCGGUCUUUGCUGUUUUCGCGCUUCCGGGCGAGCCGCCGCCUGCGUCACCAGCAGCAGCAGCAGCAGCAGCAGCAGCAGCAGCAGGAAGAGGUGCUGCAGCUGCACCCGUGCUCGCUGCAGCGGCAGCACGCGCUGGCGGAAGCUGUUGCUGCAGUGCUGUAUCAGUGCACGCCGGACUCUGUGUACACGGUGGCGAUGCAGGCGCCGCAGCGGCCAGCAGCAGCAGCAGCAGCAGCAGCAGCAGCAGCAGCAGAUGUGGACUCGCUGCAGUUCCAGACGCGGGAAAUUGUGGGCAUCACAGAAGUCAUGCGCUUUUACUUCGCCCACAGACAAGUGCUGCUGGCAGCUCCGGGGGCUGCACUUAGCUUCCUUGCUUCCGUUGUUCUUACUCGGGGCCCCAACAAGGUCCGCAGCGACAUGGACCCCCCCUCGCGGCCGCUGCUUGGGGUGUACGGACACUGCACGCAAGAGGCGCUGAAUCUGCUGCUGCAGGGAGCAGCAAGCAGCAACGUGUGUGACGGCUGGGCCACUUUGGGGGAAGCAGCACUUGGGGGGGCCCUCAAGAGGCCCCUGGUGGGGUUUCUCUCCGAGAUGGAAGUCCUCAGGUACUGCGAAGUGGGCAGCCGGUUCAAAACGCCGCUGUUUCCCUUUUGGGUUGUGGGCAGCGGCAACCACUACACAAGUCUCUUCGCUUUAGAUCCUGCUGCUGCUGAGCUGCCUUCAGACGCCCGAGUGGAGGCGGAGGCGCGGUGGGCAUUUGAGCUGGAAGACCCCGGGAAGUCGCUGCUGCUGCAGCAGCAGCAGCUGCCUCGCGUUUUAGCCGCCUCUGGACUGCCCGCGGCGCUCGCCGCAGAAGUGCCCACGGCCGACGGGGUUGUUUUGUACACAGACUGGCUGCGUUGGUUUCGGGCUGUGCGGGCUGGGCAGCGUUCUUCAGCUGAGCCCCACGUGGAGCCCCCAGAGACAUUUCACGUCUUCCUCUACGAUGGCCAAGUACCUCCUGGUAAGCAGCAGCAGCAGCAGCAGCAGCAGCAGCAGCAGCAGCAGCAGUCGUACUAG